GAGGACUCUGGCGAAUCUGGCUUCCGUCCUGGCGAGGCGUGAUAGCGUCACUUCCUGUUAUGGCGCCGAUUGGCCGGAGCUCAGCAGUGUGGGCGUGGCGCCAGGGUUCGGAGUCUGCAAGUUGCGGGCUGGACCGUUGAACCAUGGCUGCGAUCAAAGUCGCCAACCCUCGGGCUGAGGUGACACGGAGCCAAGAGGCCUUGGCUGUGAACAUAUCCGCCGCCCGAGGGCUGCAGGAUGUGCUGCGGCCCAGCUUGGGGCCCAAGGGCGCGCUAAAAAUGCUGGUUUCUGGCGCUGGUGACAUCAAACUCACCAAAGACGGCAAUGUACUGCUUCAUGAGAUGCAAAUUCAACACCCAACAGCGUCCAUCAUAGCAAAAGUGGCGGCAGCCCAGGACCAUGUCACAGGGGAUGGCACCACUUCGAAUGUCCUGAUUAUUGGAGAGUUGCUAAAGCAAGCUGAUCUUUACAUUUCUGAGGGCCUGCACCCUAGAGUCAUAGCUGAAGGAUUUGAUGCUGCAAAGAUGAAAGCGCUUGAAGUUUUGGAUGGAAUUAAAGUGGAAAAGGAGAUGAGAAGAGAAAUCCUCUUAGAUGUGGCUAGAACAUCCCUGCGGACAAAAGUCCAUGCUGAGCUGGCCGACGUGCUAACAGAGGCUGUGGUGGAUUCUGUCUUGGCUAUUAGAAGACCAGGAUCCCCUAUCGAUCUCUUCAUGGUGGAAAUCGUGGAGAUGAGGCAUAAGUCAGAAACAGAUACACAGUUGAUCCGAGGACUGGUUUUGGACCAUGGUGCCCGUCAUCCACGUAUGAAGAAGCAAGUGCAAGAUGCCUUCAUCCUCAUUUGCAAUGUAUCACUAGAGUAUGAAAAAACAGAAGUGAGCUCUGGUUUCUUUUAUAAGACUGUAGAAGAGAAAGAGAAAUUGGUAAAAGCUGAAAGAAAAUUUAUUGAAGAUAGAGUGCAGAAAAUAAUAGACCUAAAACAGAAAGUCUGUGCUGAGUCCAAUAGAGGAUUUGUUGUCAUUAAUCAGAAGGGGAUUGACCCGUUUUCCUUAGAAAUGCUUGCAAAACAUGACAUCGUAGCUCUUCGCAGGGCAAAAAGAAGAAACCUCGAAAGGCUUACCCUUGCUUGUGGAGGAAUAGCUGUCAACUCCUUUGAAGACCUGACUGAGGAAUGCUUGGGGCAUGCUGGCCUUGUAUUUGAGUAUUCACUAGGUGAAGAGAAGUUCACUUUUAUUGAGGACUGUGUUAACCCUCUUUCUGUCACCUUGUUGGUCAGAGGACCAAAUAAGCAUACUCUCGUACAGAUCAAGGAUGCCUUAAGAGAUGGACUUCGUGCAGUCAAAAAUGCCAUUGAAGACGGCUGUGUGCUUCCAGGCGCCGGGGCGGUUGAGGUCGCAAUAGCAGAAGCUCUUGUUGACUACAAGCACCAUGUACAGGGAAGAGUCCGCCUUGGAAUCCAAGCCUUUGCUGAUGCCUUACUUAUUAUCCCAAAGGUUCUUGCUCAGAAUUCUGGUUAUGACCUGCAGGAAACAUUGAUAAAAAUUCAGGCUGAACGUGCUGAAUCAAAAGAACUUGUGGGAAUAGACCUAAAUACAGGGGAGCCGAUGGUAGCAGCAGAAGCAGGGGUUUGGGAUAAUUAUUGUGUGAAAAAGCAUCUUCUUCACUCUUGCACAGUGAUUGCCACCAACAUCCUCCUGGUUGAUGAAAUUAUGCGAGCUGGGAUGUCUUCUCUCAGAGAGUGAUUGAAUUCAAAAUCAAUUCAUCUGGAAGACAAGAAUUCAUAUGUGUCGUAUUCAACACUGUCAUGUGGCCUUAACUGUUACAAAAUAAAAGUGCUGUGUAUCUUUUGGUCUCCACUGUUUCAAAAACACUUAAUCAAAGUAUAAGGAACACACAAAUUUUCCCAGCAAAGGGAUAAUAAUGGUAAUGUUUUCUGAGUCUUAACUCCCUACCCUGUAAUAUAUGCUAUUUCAGUUUUCAUAAAAUAAAAUGUGUCAUGAUGCCUAUACCUUCUGGGCACAGGUUUUAGAGUAUCCAAGUCAAUUUCCAGUUUAUAAGAGAUCAUAGAUACAGUCAGAUAAAUGUUCUCUCUUCUUUCAGAAGUCCUUCAGUAACUUCUUGCUGCCCACUCUUUUACAAAUGUGGCAUCACUUGUAAUAUGCAUUUGGAUUGUUUUUAUGUACAGUCCCUGGUCCAACUUAUUUACUAUAUAGUUUAUUAUAGUUUGCUUAGCCCUUAAAAAUGUGGGCAGAGUCUAGCUAUGUAGCUGGGGCUGGGAUUUAGAAUCCUCCUGCCUCAGCUUCUGAGUGCUGGUGUUAUAACCCUGCUCUUUUCAGUGACCUGCGCUCUGCCCUGGCUCUGACAGCCCUGACUAGGCAAGGCAGCCCCUGGAGAGGUAGGGCUCAUUGGCUUUGGCUCUGUGAGGUGGUUGCUUUUGGUUCAAAUAUAACUGUUCUAUAGAGAGAGUCUUGAUAAGCAUUAGUCCAAAACUCCGUUUAUCGGUUGUACUCAUCACCGGUCGGUCCUUUGUUUAUGGUCUUUGCAGGG